GCUGUCAAGUAUGCAGGCCGUUUUGCAGAAAAACCAUCGCUUGGGCCACUGGCCCCGUUGCGCGGGUGUAUCUGCCCGCAGCAGGCGUAUCGUGGCGUUCACCUCCCAGUCACCUUCAACAUUUCAUUUAACAGUACAAACAAAGGAAGGAACACGUGUUGAAAUUGAGACUGAGUCUGGCAACAUCCUGCGAACCGUGUUGCUUGCUGAGAAGGUCGACUUGUACACAACUUGGGGCAAGGUCUGGCAGUGCGGCGGAGCUGGAAACUGCGGAACGUGCAUCGUGGAUAUUAAGAGCGGUUCGGAGUUGCUAUCAGAACGCACGCAGGCGGAGAACAAGAAGCUAGCAGGGAAGCCACCUACCUGGCGACUCGCCUGCCAGACGUUGCUGGGCGAUGGGGAGAACGGCGGCGCGGUUACCAUCGCCACCAAGCCACAGUGAGUGCUAGCCGCUAGGUUGCCGUAGUGGGCAGGCGGCUCUGCAUGGCUUGGUGUGUUGGGACCUGGCCACGUGACGGACGCAGGACACUGCAGUGCUGCAGCACGGCAGUAUUGCCAUUGUAUUAGGUUGCCGCACAAGGCUACUGCAGUAUGAGUGUAUGAGGGAGAGUCGAGAGAGGGUUUGCUGUGUGCUGUGGUUUGCUGAGAGUCGACGGCUGAGAGUGAUGUGCUUAUGUGUUAGAGUGCGGUGGGAGAGAGAGUGACUGUGCGAGGGUCGUGUGGAAACGCGGAAAGGACCAAUGCCUGGGGUGUUGUGCACAUCGCUAUGUUAUGUUGAGAGGCGAUGAAGAGGGUUCGUGUUGGAGAGAUGUACUGCAUGUCUGAGCCGCAAGAACUGCAAUGUUGAAAAAGUGUGGAUAAGGUAGGGGCCAACCGUACUCCUGCUGCCGACCGUGCGUACGGAGAAAAGCGGCAACGUCGCUCUUGCUUGGCAAUCUUAUGGGUAACAGUCGUUUAUAGCUUUACAUACACGCUACGUGCAAAAACGCUGGAUUGAACGUUACACGUACAUGCGACAUGCGGAGAAGUGCCACAGCCGACGGCUCCUGGCACCGAAACGUUACUAGGUUAUCGAGGACGGUGGUCUGAGACCUGGUACCUGGGCACUUUUCCUGUAGACUGCGGGCCUGGUCAGGCCAACGGUUCAACCAACUGCCCUAUCGCUGUCGCUUCCAUCGGCGCGUCGACAAGCCAGUGGCUGUAGGGUUUGAGUAGUGAACGGCGACAAAUACGCGAUUUCAUUUGAUGAUUUGUGCGCUUUGCAGAGCGAAUCUAUGGAAAAGGUCCCAGUUCUCCAGAGGCAGCAGGCAUGUCACAAUUUUAAUUUCAUAUCAUGAAGUGGCUAUUCUUAGGUUGUUUUCGCGGACAGCAGCGCCAUCAUCAGCGCGGCUUGUCGAAUACGCCUGGCCAAGGCGCGACCGUUGAGACCCCCACAAACACUAGCACAACGCGAGAGCGAUACAAUUAUGUACAAGACCAAGGAAGCUUAUCUCAACAUAAUACAACUCAGGCGGGCCAGGACCUUCGCAUCGGAAUUCACGCAAAUGCUAGUCCGGCUUCCCUGCUUAGCAGCUCCUCAGCACAGCUCCCUGCUCACAUAAAUGAACGCACCUGGCCAUUAUCCAGCGCGACUCAGAUCGGAGACAGCGCCGCGCCCCAACCAUUACCAACGGACCCUACGAUUCCCAACCGCAGCGGUCCUGCCCACGCCUUGGGCGCAGGGCCUUCAGGCCCCGGUCCUCCAACAUCCCUCGCACCGUCAGCCCUAAAUCCCAUACCCGCGACCGCCCCUGCACCACCGCUCCCACUCCUGCCUCCGCCUUCAGCGCGCCCCACCUUCCAGCUGCGAGCCAGCUUGGAUAUCUGCCCCGAGGCGCUCCUCCUGGGGUCCCCCGUCAUGAUGCUUUCCGACGGCAGCAGCAGCGGUCACAGCAGCGCGUUGGCGGUCCGCGGAGGGGGUGCCGCUGCACUAGCUCUCGGCACCUCGGGCGACUACACCACAACAACCAGCAGCAGCGGUGGCGGCGCCGCCACCGCCGCCGCUACCGCUGCUGUUGCCGGCUGGCCCGCGGCCUGCGGCGGCGGCGGCUCUCGACCGCUGGUGGUAUCCCGGGCGCUGCGAGGUCGUGGCAGCUUGGAUGCGUUGGUGAUGUUCGGAGCCCUGGUACGGGCCGUGGAUGAGGCCGGCGUGGCGGCGGCGGCGGCGGCGGCGGCGGCAGCAGGCAUGGCGACGGAGGCCGGCGGCCUGGCGGUGCUCCCAGCGGGGCGGCUGGAGCGCAUUGAGAGUGGCGACCUGCCACCGGGUGGGGAGGAUCCGCACCAGCAGCAGCAGCAAAUACAGGAGCUGCAGCAACAGCAAGGGUUUGAGCUUUCGGAUGGCGAUGGCGGCAGCUUUGCAUCGCCUUUCGCCGCCGCCGCCGCUCUGGCUGCUGCAGACGCCGCCGCCGCCGCCGAGGCUGCCGCUGCUCCUGCUGACGGCCUUACUGGACCUGCUGGCUUGACUUCAUCGUUACCGGUGGCGGCGGCGAGCAGCGAAAACGACAGCAUAUGGGGGGCUAGCGUUGACCACCACCUGGUUGCUGGCGGACGGGCGCGAGAUCGCCCCCCCAAGCAGCAAGGAUACCAGCCGCAGCCGCUAUCGGUACUGCCCGACGACUCCCCGCAGCGCAUGAUGCAGCUCCUGCUUAGCCUCAUGACGCGGUCCGCUAACCUGAAUACGUACGGCGAUGCCAUGACUGCAGUAGAUGGCGGCGGCGGCAGCGGCGGCGGCGGCGCUGCUGCUGUAUGGCAGCAUGGUGACGCCGCCAGACAUGUAUCUUCCGCGGCGGCGGCGGCGGCGGCGCUUGAUGACAGGGAGGAGGCGGAGGAUCGGCACCCUGGCGGUGCCGUCGCACGUGGUAACGAUGGCGGUGUCGGCGGCGAUGGCAACACGCGGCGUUCCCGCAUGUUUCGGCGGAGCAGCUGGGAUGCCGUACAAGGCCCCUCAGACGAUGCCUUUGCUGUGGCGGCGCUGGCGGCAGCCGCCGCCGCCGGCCUCCUCAGCCCCCGCGACGCCGCGGGCGGUAGCGGCGGCGGAGGCGGAGGCGGCGACGCCAGCGGCCCCGGCAGCUGCCGUAACUCCAGCGGCACCGCCGCUGCACGCCUUCCCAUCGCCAGCGGCGGCGUCGGCGGCGGCUCCCUGCGACACCUGGACUCCGCUGGGCUGGGCAGCCUGCUUGCGGGUGCUUUGUCCCGCCAACUAUCUCGCCAGCUCUCCCUGGGCGCGCACUCCCACUCCCUCUCCCACUCCCACCUGCCGAACAGCGCGAGCGCCACCUCGCUAGCCCGCCUGGCUACCGGCAGCGGCAGCAUCCGCGACGUGCUGUCCAGGAUACACCAACACCAGGUGCAGCAGCACGAGCCCUCCCGCCGCACCCCCAGCAGCUCCGGCAGCUGCUGGUCCGCCCACACCGGCCUCGCCUCCCUCUUCGACGCGCACCUCACAGCCGCGCUGCGACACACGGGAGCGGUGCGCACCUUCAAACGGGCGCUGGUGGGGACCAGCGGCGGACCCUCGGCGGUGGCCUCGGGCGCGGGCCGGGGGGGCGGCCUGAGCAGGAGUCUGAGCCUGAGCCAGAGGACCAGCGCUGCGUCGGCGUCGGCGGCCUCGAUAGGCAGCCAGUUGACAGGGUCCCUAGCUCGUCUCGACACACCCACGGCCCUCUUCAGCGGACCCUUCAGCGGACCCAUGGGUCGCCAACAACAACACCCCCAACGCGCUUCGCUCCAGCACCACCCGCCCCAUCCUGACAGCCACAACGCACUCUACCCACGCAACCAGCGGAGACGAAACGCCCAAACCACGAACGGCUAUACCUCACUAGCUCAUCCGUCGUUGGGCGUUCUUCUGGGGGCUGCUGCUACCUCCUCCCCCUUCACGAGCGGCGCCACCGCCUUCAUUACCACAGAG